GAAGGGGCAGACCCCAAGAGUCGUCAUCAAAAGCCACUUUUAAACUGACGUAUUUCUCACUGCGAAUAUCGCAUAAAUUUCCUCAGUGUUCAUUCGACUGCCGAGUGAGUAAGACAUCCACAAAAUAGCCGCAAAAGUGAUUGUUUCCAGUGAGAAAAAAAACCUUCAGUUUUUAUUUUAUUCAAUUAAAAUUUCCCACCCAGAUUUUGUGUGAACACACAAGCGGAAGUACCCACAAUGCUAUGCAAGAUCUUUCUCCUGGCGAUCAUCGCCACAUUGGUCAGGUGUGAUUGCUUGUCGGAGAAUGAUGUUUCGGGGAUCUUCAAUAAAGACGCCAAAGUUAAUCUAUACACUGGUCAGCAGGCAUUUACAUUGUCCCUCCUGGAUGCCAUCAACAAAGCUACACCGAAUGAGAAUGUAUUCUUCUCGCCAUAUAGUACAUAUCAUGCCCUCCUACUAGCCUAUUUUGGCGCCAAAAACCAGACUGAAGAUAAUCUGAGGAAGACCCUCAAGCUUGAGUGGGCUGACAGCAAGUUCGACGUGAUGCAGGCAUACAGGAUUGAGACACACGAAAGAGCUCGUCGGAGUCAAAACAGUUCAGUGGAAUUUACGUCAGCUGAUAAACUCUAUUUUGCACCAAAAGUGGAAGUCAAGGAGUGCAUGAAGGAUCUUUUCCACGACGAACUCGAGACACUGGACUUUGAGAAGGAUCCUGAAGCUGCUCGAGAGACCAUAAACAAAUGGGUUGAAGAUGUGACGAAGAACAAUAUCAAAGAUAUCCUCGUUCCUGGGUCACUUUCCGCCCAGACAACUGUUGUCCUGGCCAAUGCGGCUUAUUUCAAGGGAUCGUGGGCAUCAAAGUUUGACCCUGAUUUGACACAGAAAGAGAUCUUCUAUGCAUCAGCAGAGAAACAGACAUUUGUUGACAUGAUGAGCAAAAAGGGACAUUUUAAUCAUGCUCUGAAUGAGCAUCUGGGAGCUCAUGUGUUGGAAAUUCCCUACGAAGGUGAUGGUACUGAGAUGUCCUUCCUGGUUUUCCUGCCACCCUUCACACCAAAUGGUCUUGACAGUGUUCUGGAGAAAUUGAAUCCGGAAAGUCUUCAGCGAGCUCUGGAUGAUGGAACAUCGCGGGAAGUGGAUCUAAAGCUGCCUAAAUUCUCUUUUGAGAAGAGAUAUGAAUUUGUGCCAAUUCUGGAACGCAUGGGAGUUGGGGAUCUCUUCCAGUCUACCGCAAAUCUAGCUGGAUUUUCAGACAGUCACAAAAUUUCCCUGGACGAUGCUGUGCACAAAGCAAAGAUUGAUGUUGAUGAGUCUGGAUCGACAGCUGCUGCAGCCACUGUUCUGUUCUCCUUCCGCUCAUCUCGACCACUUGAUCCUCUGCAGUUCCACUGCAAUCAUCCCUUCCUCUUCCUCAUCUACGAUCACCGAUCACGAGCAAUUCUCUUCUCUGGCAUCUACCGUGGCCCUGAAAAUUAAUCCCACAGCGACUCUUCCUGGCAAACUUCCUAAAUUUCCUAGUAGUUCUUGUACCUCCUAAGCGAUCCUAAAUUAUAACACUCUGUGGGAAUAUUUCCGUGUCCCAUGCUGUGUGCGUCUCUUUGAGUGAAAGGUGAGUGAAUGGAUUGAUGUGAGAAGAAUAUUUGUGAACUUUUUUUUUAUUAUUCAGUCAUUUUAAUAUCUUGUGUUAAUAUUGUAUAAUUUUUUUUUCAAAUAAUAAAGAAAAAAGAGAUGCUGAUUCA